AUGGCCAGCACUCUGAGAUCCUGGAUGAUGUUUGCAGCGCUCGUCGCCUGCCUGCUGGUGUGUCUGAGCAGCUUCGCGGACGCGUACCCUCCCAAGCCGGAGAGCCCCGGCAGCAACGCCUCGCCGGAGGACUGGGCCAAAUACCACGCGGCCGUCAGGCAUUAUGUCAACCUCAUCACCAGGCAGAGGUAUGGGAAGAGGUCGACCCCCGAGCAGGAGAUGGCGUGGCUGCUGUUUGGGCCUGAUUCCAGCCAAGACACUGAACCACGCUCAGACUACGGUGAUCAGUGGUAAAUGAGCCCACUGUUAACCCUGACCCACCCGAUCCUUCGAUUCAUCAACAAUCAAACAACAGUGAGAUUCUCAAGUCACAGCCUGC